UACUUAAAAUAUAACACUUGACAGAAGUAUUGGUUGAUAACAUUAACUGUGAUACGUGUUUGUGUACGUCAAGACUCUAUCUUAUAUAGUCUUUCAUACAUUAUGUAAUAUUUCAAAUCAGUUGAAUAAUUAUAGGUGCAUUUGCGCCAUAAGAUUUCACAAUAAUGUCCCUUGCACCAGUCACAGAGGAACAGCGAAGAUGUAUAGAAGCAGACAUAAAUUAUGAUGAGGAUCAAAUGAAGAAAAAAAUUAUUCAAGUAAAAGAUUGGAUGAAACAACAACCACACCUACCACAAGUUCCAGACACCAUUGCGGAGAAAAAGAUACGCUCCUGUCUGCUCGGAACAAAACUGAGUACGGAAAUAACUAAGCACAAAAUAGACACAUUUUAUUCGAUGAGACAACAGCUUCCAGAAAUAUUUUUGAACAGAGAUCCAACACAAAAAGACAUCAGGGAAAGUGUUGAUGUAAUGAACCAUUGGGGGUGGACACCAAACCAAGAUGGCGGACACUCGAUAACAACAGUGAAAGUCCUUCAACAUAUUGUGAAUUUUUUAGUAUGUAAAACAACUAAAUACUUACUAACUACUCACCAUUAUUACACCAAACAACUCCGUUUUUUCCCCAGUGCAGAGUUGACACCUGAUGGUGUCCGGGUGUGCAUCAUGUCGUUCAACGGAGAGAAGGGCAAGAAAUUUGUGACGAAAGAUCUGAAGGCUUUGUACAGACGAAUCUUGGCAAUCACUGAUGCAAGAAUACAGCAAGACGAGAUUUGCAGAGGAGACUACCUGGUUAUUGACUGUAAAGGCUUUUACUCCUCUCACUUGACAGAGCUACCAUGGACGCUUAUACUGAAAUUUGCUUCCCUCACCCAAGAAGGAUUGCCAGUGCGAGUGAAAGGAAUUUUUGCCAUAAAUGCUCCAGGAUAUGUGGAAGCUGCCUCAAACAUCUUAAAACCUGUAUUUAGAAGAAAGAUACAAAACAGAAUUCAAAUUUUUCAUGGAGAUCACAAAAACCUCUACAAGUACAUCCCAAAAAGAAUACUUCCAUCAGAUUUUGGUGGUGAUGCACCAUCUGUUGAAGAAUCAAGUAGAGAAUGGCAGAAAACCAUAGAAUCGAUGUACGACUUUCUCAUUGAGGAUGAAAAAAGAAUCACUGAUGAAUCUAAACGGCCAACAGAAUCUCGAAAUGAUUGUGGACAGAUAUUUGGUGUUAAUGGAACCUUCAACAAAUUAACAAUUGACUAAAAUUAAGACUAGCUCAAACUUGAAAUAAUUGCUGCCUUUUUAUGCAAAUUUUUAACCUUGCUUGACCUCUGUUAUAAACCUUUGUUUUAAAAAUUAUUAAAGAUAAGAAUGAGAAUGAAUUCUUUUAAAUAUUAGUUCUCCACUUAAAAUUAGAAUUGUAAUAAUAUAAAGUUUAAGCUGUUAAUAAAUAUGUUUGUUUAAAUGAGCUAGACCAAGAUAACAUUUUCCUUCUGAUGUUCAUGUUUAACUGCAUUUAAUUAGGCACUGGCUCUGCAUACAAAAUGUUUAUAGAAAAUAUAAGUUUUGAUGACACCAUAGAUGUAAAGGUUGUCAAGAUCCGCUAAUACUCAGUUUAUUUAUACAUUUUGUAAUUUGUGAAAUAAAAACAUAAAGACAAGGAA